GCAGUGCCGACAGCUGCCACGAUGGCCACGCGCACCUUCAAAAGGUUCCUGUCGAGGAGGUCGUCUCGGCUCAGUUGAAAGAGCUCACAGCGCACUACGGGGUGACCCUGCAGCCGCUGCAGCUGUAUCGUGAAAGCAAGGAGGAUGCAAAGAUUGUUCCCCAAGACUGGGUGAGCCGUCUCGUGCGCCAUGGCCUGUUCGACUUCUGCGCUUCGGCGAUGAUUUUCGCCAAUUCGUUCGUCAUCGCCGUGGAAACGCAGUGGCUGGCCACCCACACUGAAGCUCCGAUGACGCUGGAGGUGCUCAACCACUUCUUUUCUGGCUUCUUCCUCUUUGAGCUCAUCCUGCGAAUCAUGGCGCAUCGCUGGGACUUUUGUUGCGAGUCCAGAGGUCGAG